GGUGGGGCUGCUGGGAAUGGCUGUGCCCCCUUCGGCUCCUCUGCCGUGCUCGCCCUUUUACCUGCGGCGGCAGGCGCCGUGCCCGCAGUGCUCAUGGGGCAUGGAGGAGAAGGCGGCGGCCAGCGCGGGCUGCCGGGAGCCAACGGGCGCCCCGAGGGCCGCCGCCGUCCCUUGCUUCGGCAUAUCCGUGGACCAGGACGACAUCCUCCCGGGCGCCCUGCGCCUCAUCCAGGAGCUGCGGCCGCAUUGGAAGCCCGAGCAAGUUCGGACCAAGCGCUUCACUGAUGGCAUCACCAACAAGCUGGUGGCCUGCUACGUGGAGGAGGACAUGCGGGACUGCGUGCUGGUCCGGGUGUACGGGGAGCGCACUGAGCUGCUGGUGGACCGGGAGAAUGAGGUCAGGAACUUCCAGCUGCUGCGAGCACAUGGCUGCGCCCCCAAACUCUACUGCACCUUCCAGAAUGGGCUGUGCUAUGAGUACAUGAGGGGCAUGGCCCUGGGACCCGAGCACAUCCGGGAGCCCCGGCUCUUCAGGCUAAUCGCCCUAGAAAUGGCAAAGAUUCACACCAUCCACGCCAACGGCAGCCUGCCCAAGCCCACCCUCUGGCACAAGAUGCACAAUUAUUUCACCCUUGUGAAGAACGAGAUCAACCCCAGCCUUUCCGUAGAUGUCCCCAAGGUGGAGGUAUUGGAGCAGGAGCUGUCCUGGCUGAAGGAACACCUGUCGCAGCUGGACUCCCCGGUGGUGUUCUGUCACAACGACCUGCUUUGCAAGAACAUCAUCUACGACAGCACCCAAGGCCACGUACGGUUCAUUGACUAUGAGUACGCCGGCUACAACUACCAAGCUUUUGACAUUGGCAACCAUUUCAACGAGUUUGCAGGUGUGAACGAGGUGGAUUACUGCCGCUACCCUGGCCGGGAGACCCAGCUGCAGUGGCUGCACUACUACCUACAGGCACAGAAGGGCAUGGCCGUGACCCCCAGGGAGGUGGAGAGGCUCUAUGUGCAAGUCAACAAGUUCGCCUUGGCAUCUCACUUCUUCUGGGCACUCUGGGCCCUCAUCCAGAACCAGUUCUCCACCAUCGACUUUGACUUCCUCAGGUACGCAGUGAUCCGGUUCCAUCAGUACUUCAAGGUGAAGCCUCAAGUGUCAGCCUUGGAGAUGCCAAAGUGACCAGCUUCCCCAUCUCUCCCUUACCCACCUGCCAGGCCAGACCCGUUCUCCGGGGCUCGGUCCUGCUCUGGGGUCCGCCCCCUUGGACAAGGUGGGAGAGGGGACAGGUGGGUGUCCAGGGAGAAGGCCCCACCCCUGCUGCCAGCCCCCGCCCCCGCCCCAUGGAGGUUGCUGGAGACCACGUUCUUUUGUUUGGAGGGGCUGAUAGGACCCAGCUCUGGGGGUCCCCUUCACCAUGCCAGAUUUGGGGGUGGGAGUGCCUGCAGUCAGCCAGGGCCUGGACCACAGCCACCCCUGGGAAGCCCGGUAUUCCUGGCCUCAGGCCACGCUGGAAUCGGGGCUGCCUUAGAUGUGUCUUCGACCUUCCUGGCUUGGGGACAGGGGGAGGUGGG